AUGGUGGACACGGCAGGCGCGCGCAGGCCUGAGCUCGAGCCUGAUGUAUCGGUGCCGGAAAUCACUCCGCUGGACCGGUACGACCCAGGCCGAGCCCGAUCGCGCGCGGGGAUCCGAUGGCUCAUCGGCAAGGCCUACGGACGCGCAGACAACAUCCCUGCAGAUUUGUCUGAGGCUCUAGCUGAUGGUCAGUCUGAUGAUGGAUUCGGCUCUGCAGUGGAACGCGUCCUGCUGUCCAGUGAGCUGUACUGCAGCGCUUUCACUUCUCUCCCACAAGCAGUGUCUCAAACACACACCGGCUCAUCGGCACCCCCUAGAGACCAUGGCAGCCUGCUGCAGGUCCUCCAGCACCGCGGCCUGGCACCAACACACUCACAGAAACCCAUCACAGACGCACAGCUUACCUGCAAACCCGUCAAUAUGGGUGCACAUUUGGCAGUGAUUGAAUCGCUGAUGACGCUGGCUGCCAUGGAGACUGUGGGUGCGGUCAAGAUGGCCAAAGAAGCCGACCAGUUUGGCGAUGGAGCAAGCUGGGAGAAUUCUCUCCUCUUCUGGAUCAACAAGCUCAAUCAGAAGCUGAGGGAAAGUACAGAGGCAGAUGAUGCUCAGAAGUCACAGCCCUGCACAGAUCUACAACCAGCCCAGCCAUCAUGUCCAACACGCUGGUAUUGGAAGCUGGUCCCACAUGCCAUCGCUUUUUGUUUGAAGGAGUCGGGGAAAAAACCUCCUGUGAUCCGCUAUAGGAAAGAUAAAGUGCGCUCUAAACAGACUCCUACCUUUUCGGUCGUGUCCGGAGUGAAAGAUCUGUCUAACGGCUGUGCCAUCGCUGCUGCUAUACACUUCUACUGCCCCCAACUUCUGCCCCUGGAGGACGUGUGUUUGAAGGACACUAUGUCUGUAGCGGACAGUCUGCAUAACCUGCAGUUGAUCAGAGAGUUCUGCAACAGCCAUCUGAAAGGCUGCUGCCCCCUAGUGCUGGAGGACCUGCUCUACACCCCACCUGUGUUACGGGUGAACAUCAUGUGCUUCCUCUCUGAGUUACUGGCAGUGUUUGAAGUGCAAAAGCCGGAUUUUGUCAAGCCCACUCACACACUGGACCUUACAGAUGCCUCUGGUAUGGAGGACUGCACCAGUCCCAUCAGUGGCACCAGUGGCUCUCCGUCCUUCCUGUUUAAGCAGCCGCUCUUACCCAUCUCAUCCCCUUCGUCUCCUGGAGGGAAAACCGAGGGUCUGGGCUGGAGCAAGAAGCAGAUCAGUCGUCCACUGUCUGCAGUGACUUUCAGCAUCCCUUUCCCUCUGGACAGUGAUGUGGACGUUGUCAUGGGCAACCCUCUUUUCCGCUCCGUUAGCACUGACAGCCUUACCAACCUUGCUCCCUACACGCCUCCAGAAGAUCUGAGCAAGCUGAUUGGCCAGGCGCCACUGGGGGAGUUGCCCACUAUCGAAGAAGCACUACAGGUCAUCCACACAGGUCGAUCUGUGCGUAACGAACCAGAAGGGGCACCGGCGGGCUUCUUCCUGCACUCCCCCGAAAAUGAAGACAAGUCCAGGCUGAGCAGCUCUGCCCCCUGCAGGUCAGGAAUGAUGUACCGACCAAUCGGAGGCAGUGGUAGGCGAGGGGGCGGGGUCAGAAGGCCAGUGGACUGUUCUAGAGAUGACGAUUCUGUUCUCAGAGAUGGAAGCAUCGAUUCCGAUGCUUCCGAAGAUUUCUCCACAAGGUCUAACCCUGGAACUCCAUCCAAUGGUCCAAAAGGAGGCCGCAUGACGAGUUUUGCUGAGCAAAGGAAGAAGCUUCCAGAGUCACCGGUGGCCUCCAGGGUGCAGGGAUUGGAGGAGCCUUCAAGCCCAAUGAUCAUGAGCCCUGCUGGGGCAGCAGAGGCCCAGGAGCUGGGGGCUCGUCUGGAGGAGAAGCGAAGAGCCAUUGAAGAGCAGAAAAGAAGGAUUGAGGCAAUUUUCGCCAAGCACAGACAAAGGCUGGGGAAGAGUGCCUUCCUCCAACUGCAGAGGGAGCAAGGGGAAGGAGCAAAUGGGGGCAGAGCCAAAGAAGAGACAGAGUUGCUCAGUCUGGACGAGAGGCUGACUCGCAUGGAGGAGGAGCUAAAGCGGGAGGAGGAGCGAGAGAAACAGGAGGAGAAGGAGAAGGAGAAGAAAAAAGAGGAGGCGAAAGAGAAAGCUCCACCCAAAUUGGAAAAGCAGGUCACGUUCUCGGUGGAACCCAAAAAAGGGGCAGAGAAAGAGCCGCCUUUGGUCGAAUACAAUGAAGCGGUGUCUAAGCUAAGCUCUGCCUUGCAGUCCUUACAGAGGGACAUGCAGCGACUUACGGAACAGCAGCAAAAGCUAAUGGGACAGAAAACGACUGCAUCACCUCCAGCCAAAACCGCAACUUCUUCUCGGAAGACCCCACCUUCCAGCAAGGCCUGGGUCAUUCCGGCUGGUCCGAAAAACUCAGUCACACCCUCGGCCCGAAAACCCCAGUCCAGCCGUGACUUCUCACCUUCAGGGUCACCAUCUAAGCCAAGUGCAAGUGACCCCAAAUCCCCCAAAGCGUCUGCAUCCACCACACCUCGCAGGCUCCAUAACUCCACCCCCAAAAGCCCCAAAAGGCAGCAUCCUACCCGACCGUGUGACCUCAGUUUCCCACCGCUAACCCGUGUCCUCACGCCUCCACAGAACGUUGACACGCUUCCCCACCUGCGCCGUGUUUCUCCCAGUCAGUGCCAAGUUCAGACUUGUUCUUCCCUCAGACUUGGAGGGCCCCGGACCCCCCAGGAACCAGCUUCAGCUCCAGUCCAAGAGAGCAGCUCGGAAUCAGGCUCCAGCACUGAACACACUCCCCUGUUCACACUGGAACUGGAGACCUGCCCUCCGCCGCCUCCCUCUGUCGUGGGUCCUGUGAGUGUCGGCGGGGGCAGCAGUUCAGGAGCCCCCUCUGAAUGCUCGUUUGAAAGCGACGUGCUCCUCAGCGCCCCUCUGAGGCUGGAGGAGGGCGAGACGGAUCAGGAACAGCCCGACAUUUUCUCCUCCGAUUCCAUGAGUGACCACACAGAGACAGAGAGCAGGGCAGGGGUCGGGAUUUACUACAAGGAGGGUGGUCUCUUUGAGGAACAGAUGGCUUUGAAGAAAGCUCUACUUCUGGAGCGGCAGCAGAGACGAGCAGAGGAGAUCAAGAGGCGGAGACAGGAGCAGGAGAACAGUCGGCCAUGCUCUACAGACGAACUUUGCCCCUCUGUGACUCCGCCCCUCUCCCAAUCUCUGCCAACUACACACACCGUGCCCCCACCACCACAGGCCACACCCCUGCCAUCUAAUGCCACACCCCCAGGCACACCCCAGCGGCGUGGCGCCUUCACCAGAGCGGAGUACGAACGGCGGCAGCAGCUGAAGAUCAUGGCUGACCUGGAGAAAGUGCUGAAGCAGAAAAACAAAAAACAGUCGACCACCAACAAAAACAACUCCCACUCACCUCGCAAGGAGAAACCAGCUGAACAGGCUAACAGCACUCAGACUAACGGGCCGCUGCUUACAAACAAAACAAACAGCGUCUCUGAUUCGCCAUCAAAGCUGAUGUCACCAGGCCGUCCGUCCAAUCAGAAUGGAGAUAAGGACUGGGAAAACGGCUCCAACGCUUCCUCUCCUGCUUCAAUCCCAGAGUACACUGGGCCCAAACUGUUCAAGGAGCCGAGUUUUAAAUCCAACAAAUUCAUCAUCCACAACGCCCUCUCACGCUGCUGCCUCGCAGGAAAGGUCAACGAGAGUCAGAAGAACAAGAUUAUUGAGGAGAUGGAAAAAAGCUCAGCCAACCACUUCCUGAUCCUCCUUCGUGACUCCAACUGUCAGUUCCGUGCCAUCUACACCCUGGAUGGCCAGUCGGACGAGCUGCAGCGGCUGUGUGGUGUCGGCCCGCGUACCAUUUCCUGUUCCGCCGUGCAGGCCAUUUACAAAUACAGCUCGGACAGGAAGCAGUUCAGCGCGCUGCCUUCUCGCACCGUGAGCAUGAGCGUGGAUGCCUUCACUAUCCCCGCCCACUUGUGGCAGUCCAAGAAACAAAGCACACCAAAAAAAGCAGCCACGCCCAAAUAGAAGGAACCACACCCCCUAAAACGUUGGCGCUCCAAAAGAAGGAACUUCAUCUCAACACAGGAGCCAGUAUCUUCACGAAAGGAAGCUAGGUCUCAGCAUACUUGAUCUUUUUAGGAUAUCCAAGAAGAAUCCGGCUCUUUUCUGGACGCUCCUUGUCUGACCACGUCUACAUUAUUGGAAUGCCCCAGAAUGCAGUUUAGAACGGUUGAAAGGUAGUGGGGACCAAUUAGCAUGAUUUCCGGUUUCUUUUAAUGCAGCUUUCUUUAGAAAUGUUUAGCUAAUUUCUUCUACUGCAGCUUUUCCUUCAUGUUUUGAUGGAAUAUUCAUUUAACAGCAUCCCAAUCAUGAAGCGAUCUUCCCAAAACACAGUACAACCAUCGUUUCAAAAAACUGUUACCAACUCUCAAAACCCGCCCAAGUAGACCAGCCUCUGUGGGAAGAGUCUACACUAGUUGCAUGUAAAUAGAAGAAGCAAAGCACCAGAAAAAAGCAAGACACAUCAAAAAAGAGUGUGAACACUUACUCAGAUAUCUUUCCUGAACAUUUCCUAAGCAUAUAUUCUCCCCUGAGUUGUACAUAAAAACAUUGAUAGACCUUUCCUAAAACUUGGCACACUAACACAAAAAGUUCUUUCGUUUUUUAGUGAGAACAUUACUCACCUUUGGCCUUAAAUCCAGCUGUUGAUUGGCCGUAGGCUUUUAAGAUUUACCUGUGGAUUGGUUCCAGGGUUGAAGAUCUAAAUUCUAAUUGGUUAGAUGCAUUUGCAACAAACUGCUGAUUGAACAAAGGAUUAUAAAAUCUAUAUGAAUGAUUAGAUGGUUUUAGGUUCAGAUGAGCUGAUGUCGAAUCAGAUUUCUUGGUUUCUCGUAGUUCUGUUUGAGUGUUUUUCCACUGCAGAACUGUGCUUUUUCAAUUAGCUACCAGUUCAAUGCCGAAGGUUCCCGUUUUAUGGGUUAUGGAACCUGUACAAGAUUGGUACCCACAGGACCUAAUGGUACCCAUUGUCCUCUCUAUUUGGUAACACUUGCAUCUGAAGCAAAUGAAAAGUUAGCAAAUUAUUUACUCUUCUAGGUGAGGAUAAAGUCAGUAAGCACUAUAACAUCACCAAUAAGUGCACUAGAACAUAAACUAGACCUGUAUGUUCACACAUCGUAGACACAUCGAUUGCUAUUUUUUGGAAUUAUUUCUUUAUAAACAAUUUGUGAAGGUGAUAUAAGCUAGUCAGGAAGGUGCUGCUAAUGUUAUUAGCAUGUGCAAUUAACUUGUCUUCAAUCGCAGUUAUGGCGAUUGUUCCAGCCAUCUGACAAAUGGAGGAAAUGAUGUUGAACUAACUAAAAGUUAGUUCUGUUGAUUCAUGCUUUGGUUAGUGCUUGUUUUUGAGUGUGCAGUGGAAAAAUGCUUUUGAGCCCUAUUCUAACUGGAUUAGUUUUACAUGAGGAGGUGGGUAAUGUCAUUUUGCCAGCGAUUCUCGGUGAUUUCAGUCCUGUCCGAAUACGCCACUUCAGUAACAAUUCCGGUGCAAUCGCCUAGCAACACCCCAGCA